AUGAGUGUGUUCUCUGCAGCCAGGGAAUGGGACCUUGAUAUCGAUCGCUACCUCAAUCGCAUCAUUCCUCCUUCACCGCUGCACAAGCUUCCGACGCCGGGUGCCUCUGCGAUUCUUGAGUACAACUCUAUACGCUCGCCACUCGGUCAACCGCGCAAUGCUCUCCUCGGCCAUGGAAUAUCUGCACUCAUCGGCGUCGGCAUAUCGAAGUUGUUCCAAUAUCACUCGGAAUUCGAUUCGAUACGAUGGAUUGCAGGCGCUAUAGCAUGCGGUUGCGCGUCUGCCGUCAUGCUCUUGACCAAUACUGUGCAUCCACCGGGCGGCGCAUCCGCGGUGCUUGCAGCAACAGACCCUGUCAUCACAGCCAUGGGCUGGUACUUCGUCGGACUCGUUCUGUGGGGCACUACUCUUAUGAUUGCAGUUGGGCUGGUCAUCAACAACAUCCAGAGGCAGUUCCCGAUAUACUGGUGGACCCCUUUGGAUCUGCAGAAAGUGAAGAUUGGGGAUGAAGAGGUGGUGCCAGAUGCGACGGGCGGUUUAAAACGAAAGAAGAGUGCAGAUGAGCAACACUAUGACUGCGAAAGGCACAGGAUUGAGAUCAACGGCGCCCGGAUUACGUUGCCAGACGAUUUGAACUUGAAUGCGGAAGAGACGAGAGUACUGGAAAAGUUACGAGGAAAAUUACGAGAGAGGGUUGACGAGGAGAUAAAAACGGUAGAUUCAGAAAAGGAAGAAGCGGAUAGCGAAAGGAGCAGUGCUGAGUUCACUAUGGUGCCGAGCAACAGCGGGAGCAGUCACGGUAUAUAG